GGAUUGUAAUGUAGCCGCCUACUGCCUCCGAAUUUAAAGGGCCCGUUCCCUUCCCAAAGUUAGUUUGAAGCCGGUCUGUGGUUGCUUCUAGGCGGCUCUUUGUCAUGGGACCUGUACGGUUAGGAAUAUUGUUAUUCGUGGUGGCAGUGUAUAGUGCUUGGGCUGGACCGUCGCGAGAGGAGGACGAUGACACAGAACGCUUGCCCAGCAAAUGCGAAGUAUGUAAGCUACUGAGCAUGGAGCUACAGGAGAAGCUGAGUCGUACUGGCCGAUCUCGAGAGGUCUUGGAGCUGGGGCAGGUGCUGGACACAGGCAAGAGGAAGAAACAUGUGCCUUACAGCCUGUCAGAGACAAGACUGGAAGAGGCCUUGGAGAAUUUAUGUGAGCAGAUCCUGGAUUAUAGUGUCCAUGCUGAGCGCAAGGGGUCGCUGCGAUAUGCCAAGGGUCAGAGUCAGACCAUGGCGACGCUGAAAGGCCUAGUGCAGAAGGGAGUGAAGGUGGAUCUGGGGAUCCCUUUGGAGCUGUGGGAUGAGCCCAGCGUGGAAGUCACAUUCCUCAAGAAGCAGUGUGAAACAAUGCUGGAGGAGUAUGAAGAUGUCGUGGGAAACUGGUACUUCCACCAUCAGGAGCAGCCCCUACAGCAUUUUCUCUGUGAAGGUCAUGUGCUCCCAGCCACCGAAACUGCAUGUCUACAGGAAACUUGGACUGGAAAGGAGAAAAUCACAGAUGGGCAAGAGAAGGAAGAAGGGGAAGAACAAAAAGAAGAGGAAGAAGAGGAAGAGGAAAUGACAAAGACAGGACACUCCAAGCAUGAUCCAGAGGAUCUUUGACCCUAGCCUCUGAACCCCCAAGAGGGGUUAUGAAAAACCCUCUCUAUAGUCUGAGCUGUCCCUGCCCCACAGCUUUAAGGAUGUGUUAGUGUGUGACCCCACCCCAAUGCUUCUAACCCUUCUUUCCCACCUGAUGUCAGGCAGGAUCCUGGGGAUGAAGGAUUGCAUGACUAUGCGGAGAAGGGUAGGAGCAGCAGAUGGAUGUCGUGCCUCCACAGGUGAACUCUAUGCCUGCCAUACCAGCCCCUUGGCAGCUGUGUGUGUGGUGACAACCUUGAAGCUUUUCCCUGUAUGUAUCUCUACUGCUCCCCAGAGGUCAGCAAUGGCAUAGAGCUAUGGAUCUUGGGAAAGUCACUUUGCUUCUAAAGGGAUCUAGUUUUAGAUCCUUACAAGGAAGAUGACAGAACAGAUAUUCUCUACAACCUAUAUACUGUACACUACCUGUGUCCAGCAGGCUGCAUGCCAGCAAGCUGGGAACAAGAAUAGGUUACAGGGUGGGGUGAGGCCAUGCUGAUUAAGUUAGAUACUUGUCUACUUCAUAAUACUCUCACAGGUGCCAAAUUUUAUAUAUGGUUAUUAAACUUUUUAAAAAUAUCAACGGGAAAAAAAAUAUCAACGGG